AUGGGACAGUCUCAAGAUUUUGUUGUUUGCCCACCAGAAUGCCGACCCUUGUCUCGGAGACAUGAAGCAGCCAACCUUUGGAAGUUUUGUAACAAUUGCUGCAAAUAUAAUUUCCGCGCUUUAAACAGACUCUACGUCAACGAAUCUUGUGAAAUAAAUUCGACCAGCUACUUUUUUGCGAAUGUGUCCCAUGAUUCAAACUUUCAAGUUACACAUCGGCAUGGCUGUUUGACCUCGAUUCCAGUAAAUAUUUGUAAUUUUCCAAGAAUACAGUAUCUAGAUCUUGAAAACAAUACAAUAACACAAUUACCAAAGUUGUCUUGUUUGAGAGAAUUAGUGGUUUUAGAUUUAAGAAACAACCAAAUUCAAGUUUUAAAAGCUGGAAUCUUUGAUGGUUUGAACAAAUUACGCGUCAUUGACUUAUCCAGAAAUAGAAUUCAUACAAUAGAGAUGGGCGUCUUUCAUAAUCGAUUAAAGAAAAUAAAAAAAGUCAACUUGGUUCAUAAUAAUUUGACAGAGGUUGACGUAGUUUGGGCUUUGGGCAUAACACAUACCUUCUGUUACUUUAGCGUGAGUUAUAACAAAAUUACAAAACUUACCAACAAAUCUAACUUCACAAUGGAUCCGAGCAAAAGGUAUGGGCCUGGUAAAAUAUAUUUGAACAACAACAACCUGAAGAUUUUGGACACACAAAUGUUAGAUGCCAUAGGAAAUCCCUUGACAUCACUGAUGAGCAAUUUCCUGUAUUGGUCAAUAUACAUGGGGGGUAACCCAUGGCAUUGUGAUUGUCGAAUACACACAAUAGCAGCUUUGUAUUCAUUUACAGCUAUAGAAACAUUGUGGGCUGCCCUAAAUGGGGUACAGACCGAUCUUAUCUGUAAGACUCCGCCCAAUUUAAAGGAUCAGCGCGGUUUGGUACAUCAACAUUUAUCUGAUUUUGUAUGCAACAUCACCGAUUCCUGUCCAUCCGGAUGUUUAUGUCAGGAUCAACCAGAAGCUGAUAGAAUGGUCAUUAAUUGUCAGAAUGCUGGACUUGAAGAAAUGCCAAAACGUUUACCAUUUCAUGAGAAAUUAUUUCUGAACUUUCAGAACAAUUCCAUUGACAUCUUACCAGAACUUCCUUAUAUGGUUUGUGGUUAA